CAAACACUUUCCCUGUAAUUCAUUCCCCUUUGCUCUUUUUGCCCUUUAGUUCCUUUCUUCCGCCGAGAGCUAUCCCUUGCCCCACUCUUCUCCCAAAGUAUCUCUCUCUUUGCCCACUACUAAACGACGCAAUGUGUCUCUUCAUUCCCACUUUCCACAACUCUCUACCAAACCCACACCCAAGCAGCAGCAUCCACGAAAUUCGUCUGCUAAAGUUCUGUGAUCGCAUCGAGGGAAUAGAAAGUGUUUGCGGCGCUGAAGAUCGCCGGAGAUCAGAUUUUCCCAAUGGCGAGCUCCAGCGGGACGAAGCCUCCUUCUCGUCGAAUGACUCGGCAACAGACUCGAGCGGCCGAGAUGCCGGACGAGGACGUCAGUGAGGUGGUGCCCUCUUCCCUCUCCCCCAUCGUGCCCAUUCUCCGCGUCGCCAAGGAGAUUGAGACGGACAACCCCAGAGUUGCCUAUCUCUGCCGCUUCCUUGCAUUUGAGAAGGCACAUAUGAUGGAUCCGAUAUCAAGUGGACGUGGUGUUCGUCAAUUCAAGACGUAUCUGUUGCAUAAACUUGAAAGGGAAGAAGAAGACACAAAGGGGAAUCUUGCACCUCUUGGAAAUGAUCCAAAAGAGGUUCGGUUGUAUUACCAGCAAUUUUGUGAGAAGAAAAUCAAAGGCGAACAUACAAAAAAACCGGAGGAGAUGUCAAAGAUUUUCCAGAUUGCAGGUGUAUUACAUGAAGUGCUGAAGACAGUUUUACCUCAUGGGAAACUUGAUCCUGAGACAGAAAAAUAUGUCAAAGAUGUUGAGAGGAGAAGGCAACAGUAUGAACACUAUCCAGAUGGGGUUAACCCAUCAACUAUGGAACUUCCUGAGAUCAAAGCAGUAGUACUAGCCCUACGUAAUGUGGGUAAUCUGCCAAGAUUCCAAUCAACUCCCAGCCUCCCAAGUGGCAGUUCAGUAACGGCUACAGAGAGGGUUAAAUCUAGCUUUGAUAUACUUGAUUGGCUUUCAUCUGUGUUUGGGUUUCAGAAAGGGAAUGUAGCAAAUCAGAGGGAGCACCUAGUAUUGCUACUUGCCAAUAUUGACAUAAGGAACCAGGAAACUGAAAAUACUACUGAGCUGGGUAGUGCCUCUGUAAUGGAGAUAAAGGGUAAACUUUUUAAGAAUUAUAUCUCAUGGUGUAACUAUCUGCACCGUAAACCAAAGUUUGUGUCUUCUCAAGGUUUUGACAGACAACAGUUAGAGCUUAUUUACAUUGGACUUUAUCUUCUUAUAUGGGGUGAAGCUUCAAAUAUCCGAUUCAUGCCUGAAUGCCUUUGCUACAUUUUCCAUAAUAUGGCCAAUGAACUAAAUGAGAUCUUGCAUAUAAGCGUCAGUGGAGCCACAUACCAAGGGACAGCACGUGAUGAAGAAUAUUUUUUGAGGGAAAUCAUAAGCCCUAUCUACAAAGUCCUGCUUAAGGAAGUUAUGAGAAACAAAGGAGGCACGGAAAGCCAUUCAGCAUGGAGAAAUUAUGAUGAUCUAAACGAGUACUUCUGGUCCGACAGAUGUUUCAGACUUGGGUGGCCAAUGGAUCUCAAAGCAGACUUUUUUCGUUCCGAUAUAACGAAACCUGCAGACAUGAGAUUUAAUCAAACUGUCGAUGGAAAGAGGAAGCCUAAAACAAAUUUUGUGGAAGUCCGUACAUUUUUGCACCUUUACAGAAGUUUUGAUCGAAUGUGGAUAUUUCUUAUUUUGGCUUUCCAGGUAAUGGUAAUUGUUGGCUGGAGUUCUUCUGGAUCUCUUGCUGCUCUAUUUGAUGCAGAUGUCUUCCGAAGUGUUUUGAGCAUAUUCAUUACUUCUGCUUUUCUUAAUCUUCUGCAAGCCACUCUGGAUAUAAUUUUUAGUUGGAAUGCUUGGAAGAGUUUGAAAUUCAGCCAAAUAAUACGGUAUCUUCUGAAGUUUGCAAUAGCGGUUGUGUGGGCUGUGGUUCUGCCAAUUGGUUAUUCCAGUUCAGUGCAGAACCCAACAGGAUUGGUGAAGUUCUUCAGUAGCUGGGCUGGGGAUUGGAGGAAUCAGUCAUUUUAUAAUUAUGCUGUUGCACUUUAUUUGGUACCCAAUAUACUUGCUGCUAUACUGUUUUUACUUCCACCUUUACGAAGAACCAUGGAACGUUCAAACUGGGCAAUUAUCACUCUUCUUAUGUGGUGGGCUCAGCCCAAGCUUUAUGUGGGAAGAGGUAUGCACGAGGACAUGUUUUCACUGCUCAAAUAUACACUGUUUUGGAUUCUGUUGCUAAUCAGCAAGCUAGCAUUUAGCUACUAUGUCGAGAUACUGCCACUAGUUGGACCAACAAAGUUGAUUAUGGAGAUUCCAAUCAGUAACUAUCAGUGGCAUGAGUUCUUUCCAAAUGUAACACAUAAUAUCGGCAUUGUUAUUGCGAUAUGGGCUCCAAUUGUCCUUGUCUAUUUUAUGGAUGCGCAAAUAUGGUAUGCCAUAUUUUCUACUCUAUUUGGUGGGAUUCAUGGAGCCUUCAGCCAUUUGGGUGAGAUACGGACACUUGGAAUGUUACGAUCCAGAUUUGCAGCUGUACCUUCAGCUUUCUGUGAACGUCUUGUGCCAUUACUACAUAAGGGAAACAAAAGGAAUCACUUGGAUUCAUUGCAAGAACGGAAGGACAUUGCCAGUUUUUCUCAGGUGUGGAAUGAGUUCAUACAUUCCAUGCGCUUGGAAGACCUGAUUAGCAAUAGGGACAGAAACCUGUUGUUUGUUCCAUAUUCAUCAAAUGACAUCCCUGUUGUCCAGUGGCCUCCUUUUCUGCUUGCCAGUAAGAUUCCCAUAGCCUUAGACAUGGCAAAAGAUUUCAAAGGAGAUGAUGAUGACUUGUUUAAGAAGAUCAGGAGUGAUGCUUACAUGCAUUCAGCAGUUAUUGAAUGCUAUGAGACACUCAGAGAUAUUAUAUAUGGCCUUCUGGAAGAUGAAAAAGAUAGGAUGAUUCUGAUGCAGAUAUGUCAUGAAAUAGAUAGUAGCAUAGAGAACAAGAAACUUUUAUCCAAUUUUAAAAUGAGCGAGCUGCCUCAACUAAGUGAGAAGUUGGAGAAAUUUCUAACGCUAUUGCAAGCUGAGGAGGAAAAAAUUUCUGAAGCUCAAAUAAUCAAUGUCCUACAGGAUAUUAUGGAGAUAAUCACACGGGAUAUUAUGGCCGCUGACAAUCAAAUCCUGGAAAAUGCUCACCAUGGUUCAAAUGCCCAAAAAGAGCAGAGGUUUGAAAGGCUUGACAUCUACCUGAUGCAGCAAAAACCGUGGAAGGACAAGGUUGUUAGGCUCUAUUUGCUAUUGACUGUCAAGGAAUCUGCCAUAAAUGUGCCUCAGAACUUGGAGGCUCGCCGCCGCAUAACUUUCUUUGCAAACUCCUUGUUUAUGACUAUGCCAAGUGCUCCGAAAGUCCGUAAGAUGCUGCCCUUUAGUGUUUUAACUCCAUAUUACAAAGAAGACGUCCUUUAUUCUGUGGACGAACUAAACAAGGAAAAUGAGGAUGGGAUAUCAGUUUUGUUCUACCUAAAAAAAAUAUAUCCUGAUGAAUGGACAAAUCUCGAAGAACGCAUCGCAGAAACUAUAAAUACUAGAAAAGAUUGUGAACCUGCAGAUCGUGAGAAAGCAAAGAUGGAGUUAAUUUGUGAGUGGGUAUCUUACAGAGGGCAGACACUUGCUAGAACAGUGAGAGGGAUGAUGUACUACAAAAAAGCUCUGGAACUUCAAUGCUUCCUGGAAUUUGCAGGAGAUAAUGCUAUUUAUGGUGGCUACCAAAACUUGGUUUUGAAUGACAGUGACAAGAAGGCUUUCAUUGAUCGUGCACAAGCCCUGGCUGAUUUGAAGUUUACCUAUGUUGUCUCUUGUCAGGUUUACGGGAAUCAGAAAAAAUCUGAUGAUCUUAGGGAUAAAAGCUGUUACAGUAAUAUUCUUAAUCUAAUGUUAAAGUAUCCAUCUCUACGCAUUGCUUACAUAGAUGAAGGAGAAGAGAAAGUAAAUGGAAAAACUCAAAAGCUCUAUUUCUCUGUUCUUGUCAAGGGAGGGGAAAAGUAUGAUGAGGAAGUAUACCGCAUCAAGCUUCCAGGGCGCCCAGUAGAUAUUGGUGAAGGGAAACCUGAAAAUCAAAAUCAUGCCAUUAUCUUUACUCGUGGAGAAGCACUGCAAACAAUAGACAUGAAUCAGGAUAAUUACUUUGAAGAAGCUUUCAAAAUGAGGAAUGUAUUGGAGGAAUUCCUGAAACGUCGCCGAAGCCGGCGGAAGCCGACAAUAUUAGGUCUAAGGGAGCAUAUAUUCACUGGAAGUGUGUCAUCACUAGCAUGGUUCAUGUCCAAUCAGGAGACAAGUUUUGUAACUAUUGGGCAACGAAUCUUGGCAAAUCCUCUUAGGGUGAGGUUCCACUAUGGUCAUCCUGAUAUAUUUGACAGAAUCUUCCACAUAACAAGAGGUGGAAUAAGCAAGGCUUCAAGAGUAAUUAACUUAAGUGAAGAUAUAUUUGCAGGAUAUAAUUCAACUCUGCGUGGGGGAUUUAUAACCCAUCAUGAGUACAUCCAAGUUGGCAAGGGACGUGAUGUGGGAAUGAAUCAAAUAUCGCUUUUUGAGGCAAAGGUUGCAAAUGGAAAUGGAGAGCAGACACUUAGCCGUGAUGUUUAUCGUCUUGGGCGUCGAUUUGACUUCUAUAGGAUGUUGUCAUUCUACUUUACAACAGUGGGUUUCUAUUUUAGUAGUAUGGUGACCGUGCUUACUGUAUAUGUGUUUUUAUAUGGACGUCUGUACAUGGUUAUGAGUGGUGUGGAAAAAGAGAUACUUGAGAACACAAGCAUACGACAUAGCAAGGCUCUUGAAGAGGCUUUGGCUACCCAAUCUGUUUUUCAAUUGGGCUUACUGCUAGUUCUGCCCAUGGUCAUGGAAAUUGGCCUGGAAAAAGGAUUUCGUACUGCCCUGGGUGAUUUUGUCAUCAUGCAGCUACAGCUGGCAUCUGUAUUCUUUACAUUUCAGCUUGGGACAAAAGCACAUUAUUAUGGAAGAACAAUCUUGCAUGGAGGUUCCAAGUAUCGUGCUACAGGCCGUGGAUUUGUUGUUUUUCAUGCAAAGUUUGCUGACAACUACAGGAUGUACUCCCGAAGUCACUUUGUGAAGGGGUUGGAGCUUUUUAUUCUAUUGGUCGUCUAUGAAGUGUAUGGGGAAUCAUAUCGAAGUUCAAAUCUUUAUUUGUUUGUCACUAUCUCUAUGUGGUUUCUUGUGGCUUCUUGGUUGUUUGCUCCUUUCCUGUUCAAUCCAUCUGGUUUUGACUGGCAAAAGACAGUAGAUGAUUGGACAGACUGGAAGAGGUGGAUGGGAAAUCGUGGUGGUAUUGGGAUUGCACCUGAUAAAAGUUGGGAAUCAUGGUGGAAUGAAGAACAGGAACACCUCAAACACACAAGUAUCAGGGGGAGAGUGCUGGAGAUAAUACUUGCAUUUCGCUUCUUUGUUUACCAGUAUGGAAUUGUCUACCACCUUGAUAUAACUCAUCACAGCAAGAGCAUACUGGUCUACGCACUUUCUUGGUUGGUUAUGGUGACUGCUCUUCUUGUCUUAAAGAUGGUAUCAAUGGGUAGGCGAAGAUUUGGAACAGACUUUCAGCUCAUGUUCAGGAUUCUCAAAGCCCUUCUUUUCCUUGGCUUCAUAUCAGUCAUGACUGUCUUAUUUGUUGUAUGUGGACUCACCGUGUCAGAUUUAUUUGCUGCUAUCCUUGCCUUCACGCCCACAGGAUGGGCCCUUGUUCUUAUUGGGCAAGCAUGCAGGAAACUAUUGAACCGGGUUGGAUUCUGGGAAUCAAUAAAGGAGCUAGCGAGAGGAUACGAAUAUAUAAUGGGGCUGAUACUUUUCAUGCCCACAGCCAUUUUGUCUUGGUUCCCAUUUGUAUCUGAAUUCCAAACACGCCUGCUCUUCAAUCAAGCAUUUAGUAGAGGCCUCCAGAUUUCAAUGAUUCUUGCGGGAAAGAAGGAAAAAACUCCUUGAAGUCUUUCGCAUGUUACAUUUGCCUUCACUCAUCAGAAUGUUAUUAUGUUCUUCAAUGUUCUUCACAUAGUGUUACAGUUAUCACUUCUAUAGCACUUAGUGACUUUUGUAAGCUCAUCUUUCUGAAACUUUUGGUGACAUUUUUCAAGAAAAAAGUUACAUCUUUUUCAUCU